GACAUCAUCAUGCCUGAACCUGCAAAGCCCGCGCCCAAGAAGGGCUCCAAGAAAGCCGUUACCAAGACCGCCAGCAAAAGCGGUAAGAAACGCAGAAGGACCAGGAAGGAGAGCUAUGCUAUCUACGUUUACAAGGUGUUGAAGCAGGUUCAUCCCGAUACUGGAAUCUCUUCUAAGGCGAUGGGUAUCAUGAACUCGUUCGUCAACGACAUCUUCGAGCGCAUCGCCGGUGAGGCGUCUCGUCUCGCUCACUACAACAAGCGCUCCACCAUCACCUCCAGAGAGAUCCAGACCGCCGUGCGUCUGCUGCUGCCUGGGGAGCUGGCCAAACACGCCGUGUCUGAAGGCACAAAGGCCGUCACUAAGUACACCAGCUCCAAGUAAAGUGCAGAAUCAAUUUCAGUUACCCCAAAGGCUCUUUUAAGAGCCACCCAUGUUCUCCUCUAAAGAGCCAAUUUUUAUUUUGUGGUGUUUCAAUUUUAUAAACGUGUGUAUUA